AUGCUUGGGCGGCCACCCUCACCACGGCCUCUUGUCCCCUCUUUAUCGGAGGAAGGAGAAACACAAGCUGUAUUACAGAUUAACAAAGAAACAAAUUCCAGUGGGACCAAGAUAAGAAGAAGCCAAAAACUAUCGGCCUUCCAGUCACUUCCCGACGAACUGCUUCGCAAAAUCCUCUUGUACCUCCCGGAGGCCCAGGACAUCUACCGCACGGGGCUCGCCUGCCGAGGCUGCUAUCACAUAAUCCGUUCAACUGGAUUCACACAGGCCGAGCUCCGGCGACCGGACCGCGACGGUGUCCUCCUCGUUACCUCCGGGCCUGUGGUCUUCAUCUUCAUGUGGUUGGGCCGCGUCGUGGUAUCCGAUUACUCCGCAUACAAAUUCAAAUUGCCCAUCACGAACAGUUGCGACGGCCUUGUCCUGGAGUUGAAUCGUCCUAAAAAUAGACUCUCGGUGGCCAACCCGACCACAGGACGAACCCUCCGUCUACCUCGGUUGCCCACUAGUAUGGAGCGCGGCUGUUACAGCAUAGGCUGUCUUUGGUUGGACCCGACCUGGGCUGUGUUGUCCGUUGGGGUCGACAUGUCGUGGAGGAAUCUCAGUCGCAAGCAUUUGUCCUUGGAAUCCGUGAAGAUGGUGAGCCAGCAGGCCCCAUUGGUGACGGUGGGCUUUAUGCAUUGGGCUCAGGAUAACACCGUAGUGAUUCUGGAUUUGGAGACCGAGAUCUUUACGGAGACCCGAUCCCCAAUCGCUAUGAUGACUAGGCGGAUUAAGGGCGUGACUUAUCUGUCGACAGGGAAUUCUCUAUCUUUGGUGGUUCAUUGUCGGAAUGAUUCUUUCUGUGUUUGGGAGAUGGUUAAUUCGGGGUUAACUGUGGAAUGGAUUGAAUGCCGACGAGGGAUUGCGUUGGGAGGUCGGAUACGGACCCGCAAAAUCAGAGAGAUUUGUGGUGAGCGCGGUCGAUUUUCUUUGUCUCCAAGAGGUUGGUUGAAGUACAUGGAGGUGCUGUUGAUCACGGUUAGUAGUAAAAACAACAGUGCGGUGAUUUUCUACAAUCUUGUUAGUGAGGAAAUUGGAUUGAUUGCCUCCACAGAGAGAAAGAAAGGCAAGUUUUAUUCUGUUGAAACAGUUUUGCCUCACAGGAACACCCUCGUGCAGUUGCAGGGGCAUUAA